UCUCCAAAACAGAGAACCCAGAAAAUCAAAAUAUGAGCCUCCCCAUCACGGAGCUCUCGGGGCACUCAGAGGAACACUUGCUUCAAAUGAUCGCCAGCUUUGCUCAGUCUCUGUCGCACAGCAAAAUGCGCUGUCUGGGUUAUCCCACAAACCUUGAGUUUGACUAUGAAGUAUUGGCGCCUUUGCUGCAUUUUCACAUCAACAAUGCUGGCGAUCCAUUUGUGGGAAACUGCUUCGCUCUCAAUUCAGCAGCUUUUGAAGUUUGUGUUCUUGAAUGGUUCGCUGGCUUGUGGGGGAUUGACAAGAACCAGUACUGGGGAUACGUGACCACCGGGGGAACUGAAGGCAAUCUUCAUGGGAUUUUAGUAGGGAGGGAACAAUUGCCGGGUGGGAUUCUAUAUACGUCAGAAGAAUCACAUUAUUCGCUGUUUAAAAUAGCAAGAAUGUACAGAAUGCAAUGUGUGAAGGUGGCCACACUGAGAUCUGGUGAGAUUGAUUGUUCUGAUCUCAAGGCUUCACUGCUUGCUCACAGGGACAGGCCUGCCAUCAUCAACCUCAAUAUAGGAACAACUAUGAAGGGGGCUAUUGAUGAUGUGGAUCUCCUGGUACAAACACUCGAAGAAUGUGGUUUUACUCGUGAUCGCUUCUAUAUCCAUUGUGAUGCAGCUCUAUUUGGACUCAUGCUUCCCUUCAUUAAACAAGCACCGAAGCUUAGUUUCAAGAAACCCAUUGGAAGCAUAUCUACUUCGGGGCACAAGUUUAUAGGAUGUCCCGUUCCUUGUGGGGUUAUAAUUACUCGUUUGGAAUACAUUGAUGCCAUGUCUAGCGAUAUUGAGAUCAUAGCUUCAAGGGACGCCACAAUCACAGGGAGCAGGAGCGGCCACGCUCCGAUCUUCCUCUGGUAUGCUCUGAAGAAGAAAGGCUUAUUAGGCCUCAAGAAGGAAGUGGAGCAGUGUAUGAGAAAUGCAGAUUACCUGCGAGACAAGCUACGGGAGGCAGGAAUCAGUGCGAUGAAGAACGAGUUUAGCAACAUCGUAGUGUUUGAGAAGCCUGAAGAUGAUGAAUUCGCUCGCAGGUGGAGUCUGGCUUGCAACGGAACAGUGGCGCAUGUGGUGGUGAUGCAGCACGUGACUGUUGAAAUGUUGGACUCCUUUGUCUCUGAGUUCCUUCAAAUCCCAUCCUUUAAGCACUAAAAUGGACACAAGAAUCAGCUAUCUUUAUGCGUUGCAGAUGAAGUUGGCGGCGGCGGCGGUGGCGGCAGUCCUACUUGUAAACUGCACUUUGAAAGCGGUGACUGUAAGAUGAGAAAACUAUUACCUUUGGGCAAUAGUUUUCCUUAGUAUGUUAAUCGACAGCAGUUUUCAACCGUUGUUGAUGCCUUUUUCCUUGCCGGAACUAUAGUUUUUAGAUGUGUUUAAAAGCAAA